AUGGCGUGGAGGAGCAGCUACUGGCGACACGAGAAAUCCAUUCCGACCAAGAGAAAGAAGAAACCAAAUACACCUCUCGUUUUCCUACACGUGUACACUUACGUAAGAGCUAACUCUUCUAAGCCUUACUCCUCAUGUCACCUCAAAUUCGAUAACUGCAUCGACGUUGAGGUACAUGACUUCUUCGUUUCUUAUACCGUGGAAGGAGUGACCUACGAGAGGAUCAAAGGCACUUAUACCGUGAAACCGGUUCAUUUCGCUUGCAGUGAUAACUUCCCUUGCAUUGAUGUGCAGUUAACUGCAAUUGAGCUUAAGCCGGUUCAAGAAAAGUAUCAUAUGUCUGAUCCUUUUUGUUGGCAGACGCUUGGUGAGCUCAUCCCUCCUACUCUUCCUCCUAUUGAUUGUUUACAGAUUGGGAAGCCUGCAAGAAACAUAAUACAGUCUGAUCAUGAUGUAUGUUGA